AUGUGUUCUUCCAACAAACACCCGCUCUCUAGAGCUCGCAAGACACAGGUCCUUAUCUCGGUGAUUUCGUGGCCGUGCGCUCUCGCCACCAUCUUUACGACUCGUUAUAGCCCUCUCGCAUGGAUCCAGUUCGUUGCAAUCACGAUUUCUAGCAUCAUACCUGCGCUCAUGCUCUUCUGGUAUCGCAAAUUCGGAAGUCAUUCUUAUUCGCCCUUCGAAAUCGCCAUUGAUGGCGCAGUCACCUUACUCCUGCUCGGGGUAUACAUUGCCGGAGUUGUCAUCCUUGCUACUCAUGAGAUUAGGAGAUGGGAUUCUCCAUGGGACUAUCGGCUUGCUCUCGGUAUCCCGCAGGUCUACUCCAAUCUCUCAUGUAUCGUCCUCAGUCCGUUAUAUUUACGCUGCUUUGCUCAAGGGUACCUACACCAAUGCAUCCAGCCUAUGCUCAAGGCCGGCUGUGUCAAUUACACCCUUUGCCCAGCUUGUGACAAAUCUGUGGAUGCUCCUAUGACCCAGGGUCUGGAAGCGGGACAGGAAAGAUCCACUGUCUGGACAGAUAUUCCUGAGGGUUUUUACACUGAAGAUGUUGAAUCCCAGCUGUUGCUACCUGAGAACUCCCUGGACGAGGAAGGUAAGCAGACUACUGGCAUCGUAACCAAUAACUGA